GUGCACUCUAUUUGGUUCUGUCUGCUCUCCCCAUCUCCCACCAUGGCCGACAUCAACGCUGUUGCCAAGGCAUUCACCGACUUCUACUACCCCGCGUUCGACAAUGACAGGGCGAGCCUGCAGGCGCUCUACCGCGACCGGUCGAUGCUCACAUGGGAGCAGGAGCAGAUCAUGGGCGUGACCAACAUCAUCGAGAAGCUCAAGAACCUGCCAUUCACAAAGGUUGUCCACCGCGUCGUCACCGUCGACGCCCAGCCAGCAUCUGCGACCAUCGCAUCUCUUGUGGUGCUCGUCACGGGCCAGUUGCUCGUGGACGACGGCGCCAACGUGCUCCAGUUCUCGCAGAUGUUCCAGCUCAUCCCGGAGAACGGCACGUACUACGUCCAGAACGACGUCUUCCGCCUCGUCUACGGUUAAUGUGGUGCAUGUGUACGACGAGUAGCAUUCAGGCGGGUAAUGAAUACAUGGUGUAUCUAGACAGCGCCGCGCAGCUAUGACGUGCGAUCCAAGCGGGCUGGAGCGGCACUAGCGCGAGCGCGAGCGUGAAGCCGAGGGCAUGCGAUGCGAUUAUGAAGAGAUGUCUAUCUACUCGUCGUGCACGCCCGCCUCGCGGUCGCGCGUCCACUGGGCCGCCCACUGCGCGAUGCGGUGUACGUUGUCCUCGACCUCGUUCUCGCCGCCGGACCCGUCCGAGCGCAGC